AUGCCGCGAGACCCGAGACAUUGCCACAACGGUCCCUUUACGGAGGCUGGGAAGAACAUCUUUCACGGGCCCGACCCCAUCGGGACCGACAAGGUCCCCCGUGCGGACAAGACAGCCGACAUGCCAGAGGGUUCGCGAGAAAAGGGCGCCGGCCUGGAGGGCAUGAAUGCGAGCGGAGGUCAGAGUCAAGGCAUCAAGCACGGCGAUGGUGUGGGCCAGGGAGGACGCGCGCGGAAGAACUAG